AUGCCUUCUGGAGAGGGAAAACCUCCGUGUCCCCGCUGCGCCCAACGCAGCCGGGUGGAUUUUCAGGUUAAGCCUUAUGCAAAAUGGAGCCGGGAAGCACAAUCUUUUGUAACUCGGAUGUUCUUGACCAUAAACUACUCUUCGUGGAAGAAAACGGGUUGCUUUGGAGGGACACAAAAGCAAUGGAGCACUGAUGGUCAGAGGACAUGCACAGGCCUUCGGUGGGCGAGUGCUGCGGAGAGCAAAUCAAGCUCUACCAAGGAAUCUCUGUCAUCACAAAAUACAACUAUUUCACCAAUAGUCACUUCACAGAUGAUUGAUGAGACUAAAUCAAAAGAAAAUUGGCCCGUUUUGUCUAUGCUGUCCAUGAUCCCACAGCCCAGCGCUUAUCAUGUGAAGCAGGCUUUGGUUAACCAUGGUGCUGUCAGCAUUAACAGAGCAUUUAUGGUAUUUCCCAGCACAAUAGAAAUUCAAGCAUCUUUGGAUGACACCACGUCUUCAUCGGACUCUCCUACUGCAGAGGAAAACCAGUGUCAAGACCAGCACAGAGGGUUUGCCUCCAUAACUAUUACAGCCAGGCGUGUUGCUGUGGGCUUCAGCGACCCAGCACAUGGAUCUGGGGCAGUACAAGAGCCCAACGCCAUGUCCCCCACCUCAAGCAAAGUCCCUGAAAGGUCCCUCCGUUGCUGGCCUCCGCAGGGACACACAAACCAUGUCUCUCCAUUAAAGAUACCUGAAUAUUGCUCACAAUUCAGUGAAGAGCCACAAAAGCAGCUUUUUGACCCUGGAAACAAGGAGAACUGUGUGGGUCUUCAAAGCAGUGAUGGGAGAGAGAAAGUACCACCUUCGUUCAUUUCGUGUGUCCACCUUCAGGUUUCUCAGCGGUGUCCAAAUACCAUCUAUUAUUUAGACAAGUCGCUCAAUGUGUGCAUUGACCAACCUCAAAUUAAAUGCCAAAAAAUUCAUAGAUCAGCUUUAUCCUUCAAUAUAAAUUGCAGUUUGUCUAGAUUAACAGCAGAUGGAGUAGAUGGCAUAGCUAAUGGAAAGCCAAUUGAGGAGAUAUUUCAAACAAAGAUCUUAGGAGAAAACAAGAUUCCACUCAAAUCAAACUCGAGUGCAGACUUAACAGAAAACAAUGUAAUUAAUAGAGAGAAAACAAAUGGAGGCUAUUUGGGUAGUAAAUACCCUUUACAAAGUGUCUUUGUCUCUGAACUUCCAGCAUUUGUGGAUACACCCAGAGGACCUAAUCAUGUAGUAACAGCAAAGAAAGAUGAUGGUAAGCAGUCUGGCAGCUAUCACGCUACAUUUUCUCUCCAGCUUCCUAAUUCAAGUGAUAAGGCAGGAACACAAAUGCUGUCGGGAAGCAAGAAGAAUCAGCGCACCACAGCCUGGAGCAGUGCAACGGACCCUGGCUCUCUUCCAGAUACAGCAUCCAGAAAGGCAGUUGCUGUUGCUAGUGAUGGCGCAUUGAGAAAGAGAGAUUCCUCCAAAGGCACCUCCAGAUCCAAAGAGAUCCAAGCACAGAGCAUCCCGAAACCAAAAAUCUCUGUCUCCAGAAGCUUGUGCAAUAUAACAGCUUCGUCAAGAACCUUCCUGGAAGAAAACGUUCAUAGGGAAAACCAGCUCCUAAAAAGCGAUUAUGAAUUCUGUGGUUCAAGUGACAAACUGAAGGAGCGUGAAGAGGAGGACGAGCGGGAGGGAGCCAGCAGGGGAACGCUGUCCAUGGCUCACUCCCCAGAUGUUGCUCAUGGGAAAAGCAACGCACUCACCCGGCCAGAAACCAGCUCCCAGGCUGAGAAACAUCCAGCAGCCCCACGGACACUGCGGGAAGCACUAGAAAUCCACAAGCCUCAGUUCAUCUGUCGUUCACAAGAAAGGCUGAAGAGACUUGAACAAAUGGUCCAGCUCAGGAAAGCCCAGCAGAGAGAAGCUCCUGCAACCAACCAAGGGGAGCCCCUUCGCAAGUCUGCCUCAACAUCCACUCCGAGCAGAAGAAAGCAGUUCACUGUUCCUCACCCUCUCAGUGAUAACCUCUUCAAACCAAAGGAAAGAUUCAUUCCUGAGAAGGAGAUGCAUAUGAGAUCCAAAAGGAUUUAUGACAAUUUACCUGAAGUGAAAAAGAAACAAGAAGAAAAACAGAAGCGGAUCAUCAUCCAGAGUAACAAACUGCGUGUUGAGAACUUUAAAAAGCAAUUACUGGACCAGCUCCUUCAAAGAAACACGGAGUGACAAAGGAUUCUCUUGCUCAUCAUCCUAAUUGGAUCUUGAAUGCCUUUGACUGCCAUAAAAUUCACUGUUAUCUCAAUUACCUGGAGGUGUUGUUCUUAUCUUUGGCUCUUUAUAUGAAGAAAGAACAUUUAUAUUUCAAUUGAAAUUUUAAGGCACCUUUCAAGUAAUCAAAACCAGUCUAAAAGGAGCACAGCUGCUUUUAAAGCAUCACCUUCUGGUCAGUUUGUCCAGAGGAAAUGAUUUAAAGAAUUUUAAAUGCAAAUACUGAAUGACAGUGGUAUUAUUUAUCUUCAUCUUUUAAAAAGGAUGCAUCUCUGUAGCCAUAGAACUGGGGUUGUAAGAUCUGGACAACUUAUAUCACUGAAAUAUUCUAUUAAUUGAUUUUCUGUGAGUUAAAUCCUUGAAGUAAAGAAAAAUGAAAAUCAUUAUUUGUUAUGUUUAGAAACUAGCUGAAAUAGCAUUCCCACAUAAUCAUAGAAGCAGCAGUUUCACAUUAAUACUUAACAUACCAAAAGGGACCAAUAUCUUAGCUCUCUGGAGAACUCUAUUCCUGUUUA